AUGUUGAGCUGCGGCAUCCAUCCUUGCCCGCUAAAAUGCCAUCAGAUCUCGGACCAUUCGCAAAUGCCUUGUCAACACCCGUAUUCCGGCAUGUGUGAUGCCGAUCGCCACAAGCUGAAGUGGAAAUGUUUUCAGUCGAAGCCGGAUCCUUGUCCUGACUGUACCAAAGAAGCCAAACGUGCAGAGGAGAAGCGAAAACGCGAACUCGAGCUGAAGCAGAAACUAGCGGAGGAGGAACUGCAACGUCUGAUACAACGUGAACAGGAGCAGUUGGAGCACGACUUACGCAUGGCUGAGCUGGAUGCCAAGUUCAAGGCGGAAAUGGAUGCGAUAGCUGACGCCCAGGUUGCGCAGCAGCGAGCCAAUGUCUACCAACAGAAAAUCAAGGAUAUCGAGGCAGCUAGAGCCAACGCACAGAAGGCGGCUGUAAAUGCACAGGCACACGCCAACGCUGCCCAUUCUGCCUUGUCAUCCAGGACACACCCCACACCUUCCGCACCUUCCGCACCUCCAUCCAAUCCGCAGUCAAACGUUCCUCCGCCAAAUCCUACUCCUCCGUCGUCAUCGCCGAGUCCGCAGCCAAGCACAAAAUCUUCGACUUCACAGACGAAUUCCCAGCAAUCGAAGUCUCAACAAAGUGGACCUUCCUCGACGUCAUCGAACAAUGCAGCACCCACGUCGCCUGCCCACCAGGAUUGGUUGUACCAGAAGCAAGUCAAUGGCGAAAAAAAUAGCGCCAUCGACGGUAUCAUGGAGUUGACAGGGCUUGAGGAAGUGAAAGCACAAGUACUCCUAACCCAGGAACUGGUGAGUACUCUUCGAUGUUUUAGCGUCCGGAUCGCUCACAUUCCUCCAGGAAAAACCACAGUCGCAAGGUUGUAUGCGCCAUUUCUCGAAUCAGUUCAAGUUCUCCCAGGCGAUGCCUUCCUUGAAACGACGGGUGCAAGCUUGGCACAUGACGGGGUAGCUGGAGCCAAAAAGCUCAUCGCAGAUGCCAUGAUGGUGGGAGGAGGCGCUAUCUUCAUCGACGAAGCAUACCAACUUGUUAGCGAACACCAGCACACAGGAGGUCAGGUGUUGGACUUUCUUCUCGCCGAGAUGGAGAACCAAGUGGGUACUCUGGUCUUCAUUCUCGCGGGAUACAGCAAGCAGAUGGAGAAGUUCUUCGAACACAACCCUGGCCUUCCGAGUCGUGUUCCGUACUCCCUCAAGUUCGCAGACUAUACUGACGUGGAGCUUCUGACGAUGCUGGAAGCGCUUGUGGAGAAACAAUAUUCAGGCCAGAUGAAGGUGGAAGACGGCAUCAGGGGCUUAUAUGCUCGAAUUGCAGUGCGUCGACUUGGACGCGGUCGCGGUCGCGAGGGCUUCGGAAAUGCUCGGGCAUUACAGAACAUGUUUUCCAGGGUCGCCCAGAGACUAGCUGAACGACUUCAGAACGAACGUAAACAGGGAUGGCCCACUGACGAUUUUUUUAUCUUCAAAGAGGACUUCAUCGGUCCUGACCCAUCCCAGGUCCUUCCGCAAUGCGCUCCUUGGGAGAAGCUACAGAAAAUGAUAGGUCUCGAUUCCGUGAAAGACAAGACUCUGUCCCUUCAAGAGAAAGAGCCCCUUGCGAUGUCUCUGAACCGCGUCUUUCUUGGCUCACCGGGAACCGGCAAAACGACAGUUGCGAAACUCUACGGACAGAUACUCACAGAACUAGGGCUUUUGAGCAACGGCGAAGUCGUGGUCAAGAAUCCGUCUGAUUUUGUGGGCGCGUACCUUGGCCAUACGGAGAAGAGCACCAAAGCUAUCUUGGACAGUACCGUUGGUAAAGUUCUAGUUAUAGAUGAGGCGUACAUGCUGUACAGCAAAAACUCUGGACACCAGGACUCGUUUAAAACGACCGUAAUUGAUACCUUGGUCGCGGAGAUUCAAAGCGUACCCGGAGAAUAUCGCUGUGUUUUGCUAUUGGGAUACAAAGAACAGAUGGAAGAGAUGUUCCAGAACGUGAACCCCGGGCUCGCUCGCAGAUUUGCCAUUGAAAACGCAUUCACCUUCGAGGACUUCACUGAGUCCCAACUUCGGGAGAUCUUGGACUUCAAGCUGAAGGAUCAGGACCUCGGAGCCACAGACUCAGCGAAACAGGUUGCCAGCGAUCUUCUGAACAGAGCGAAGAACCGUCCUAACUUUGGAAAUGCCGGCGAGGUAGAGAACAUGCUCGGUCUGGCUAAAGCCCGCUACCAAAAGCGUCAAGCGUCAGUGCCUCCUGAUCAACGUUCCGACGUGAUCUUCGAGCCUGAGGAUUUUGACCCGGAUUGGGAAUGUGAUCGCAACGCUGCAGCUAAUCUCACGAAACUCUUCGAGGAUCUUGUUGGUUGCGACGACAUCGUGAAAAAACUAGGCGACUAUCAGAAAAUUGCUCGUGCGAUGAACAAACAAAUCCCAACGAGUUUCAUUUUCAAAGGACCUCCAGUGUAUUAUGACAUGGGAUUCCUUUCUUCAUCCGACCUGAUCGAGUGCUCAGCCUCCGACCUUGUGGGGCAGUACGUAGGUCACACCGGUCCAAAGACGAAGAAACUUUUCGAGAAGGCCCUGGGAAAACUUAGUAACGGGCACUUUGCGCAAGAAGCCAUUGAUGAGGUCGUCGGCCUCAUGACCAACGAGAAGUUCAUGAACAAGAUGGUCAUCGUUUUUGCAGGCUACGAGAAAGAAAUGAACUGCUCUGAAAUCACUCUGACCAACAUGACGGCGGCUAAGUGUCUUCAAGUACUCGACAAGGAAUUACAGAAGACGCAGAUCAUCCUGUCCGAGCUAGCCGACACCUCUUCUUCUGCUUACUCCGAGAUGGAGAUAUCAUCGACCGAAUGUCACGCUUGUCCAACUGGGGGAACAACAGCUCUUCAUCCAAGCGGGCGCCGCCGAAGCCUCCUCCGCCAUCAGGGCCGUCCCUCUACACCCAGCAGAUCCCACCCACCUAAUAAGCCACCUUCACAAGGUAGUGCAUCAUCCAGCAAAAAAAACCCGCCGCUGCCGCCGUCUGCUCCGUUGUCCGCUGCAAAGAUCACUCCGAAAUCCACUCCUCGUUGCCCGAAGCCGCCCAAAAAUUUCCAACAGGGGUCGCCUGCACCGUCCAGUUCUGGAAGUCUGCCUCCUCCCUCUAUUUCAGGAUCCCAAAGCAGUGCCCCACCUGACUCCAGAUCAGCAAGGGAAAGCGAAGCACCUCGGUCUGCCAAUGGUGUUCAGCGUGACCCAGGAAUCGCCGAUGCUAUCUGGAGGCGAUUGGAGGCAGAUAAAGCUGCAGCGCUGGAGGCUCAAAGGAAAGCAAUUGAGGAGGAAGUGAUUCAACGUCGAGAGGCAGAGAUGCAGGCAGCAAUGGAGAGAGCUGCUGCCACACUCGUCCGAAUGCAUCAGGAGCAAGAGAGGAAGAAACACGAAGAAGUGAGAAUACAGCAGAAGUUGAGGAACCUCGGCGUCUGCAUACAAGGCUAUGCAUGGAUCAAACAAGCAUCAGGGUACCAUUGUGCGGGUGGCUAUCAUUUUAUUUCCGACUCCCAGCUGUGCUAG